UAUCAUCUCAGACAAAUGCAGUCAUUUUUUGGCCUGAACACUACUGGACAGCUGGACGCAGACACCCUUGAGCUGAUGAAACAACCACGGUGUGGCGUCCCUGAUGUGGCAGGUUACAACCUUUUCCCCAGGAAAAUGAAGUGGCCAACAUGGAACUUGACAUAUAGAAUUAUAAACUACACUCUGGAUCUGAGUCAUGAAGGAACAGACCAAGCCGUACGAGAAGCGUUCCAAGUAUGGAGUGACGUCACCCCUCUUCGUUUCACCAGACUCUUGCAUGGCACAGCGGACAUUGUGAUAUCUUUUGGAAAGAAAGAACACGGGGAUUUCUUUCCAUUUGAUGGGCCGUUAGGCCAGCUGGCUCAUGCUUUCCCUCCUGGUGACAAUAUUGGUGGAGAUGUCCACUUUGAUGAUGAUGAAACCUGGACCAGUGAUUCCAGAGCUUUUAAUUUGUUUGCAGUUGCAGCCCAUGAAUUUGGCCAUGCUUUGGGACUACAACACUCCAGCGAUCCCAGAGCCCUGAUGUACCCCCUUUAUACCUACGGCGGCUUGAGGGACUUUGUCCUUCCUGAAGAUGAUGUGGAAGGCAUUCAAGCUCUUUAUGGUUCACCAACAAGAACAGUCACUUCUGAAACUCCAAGUAGAUGUGACCCAAACUUCUCUGCAGAUGCUAUUGCAGAAAUACACGGGGAGAAAAUCAUAUUCAAGGACAGAUUCAUGUGGCAUCACAAUCCUCAGAUGUCUAGUCAAGGUUGGGUUGCCAUUCAUUCACUUUGGCCAGGAGUUCCAAACCAAGUUGAUGCUGCUUACAGCCUUCCAGACGAGGACCUUAUUUUCAUAUUUAGAGGGAAUAAAUUUUGGGCUGCAAAAGGCUAUGCUAUACUUCCUGGCUAUCCCCAGAAACUGUACCAACUCAGAUUCCCAAGCAGCGUGGAAAAGAUAGAUGCUGCAUUUCAUGAUGUAAAGAGUGGAAAGACAAAGUUUUUCACUGGAGAUGAGAUAUGGAGCUAUGACGAGAGAUUUCAGUCUAUGGAUCAUGACUAUCCUAAAUUAGCAAAGGAGGAAUACCCCGGAAUUGUGGACAAGGUCGAUGCAGCAUAUCAACAGAAUGGUUCCAUUUUUUUCUUCCGUGGGUCCGUCCAAUUUGAAUACAGCAUCUGCCGGGGUAUUUCUGAAGGUUUUGAAAGAGACAGUCAACUGUUCUUUGAUAACACCUAUCACCUGUUUGGUACCUACCACCUGUUCGUACAACCCUUGCUGGCAGACUGGGUCUGGGAGACAGUAAAUGCCUUCCUGAGAGAUGGGGUGGUCAUUCCUGCCUUGAAAUGGGCAGUGGUGCAUCCACGCCUAAAGAAAUCUACUCUGGACCCAGGAAAGUUGAACAACUACUGUCCAGUCUCAAAUGUACCAUUCUUGAGAAAGGUGAUUGAACGAGUGGUGGUUGGCCAACUUCAGACAUUCCUGAAUGAAGCGGAUUCUUUAGAUCCAUUCCAAUCUGGUUUCACACCUGGUUAUGGGACUGAAAUGCCUUGGUUGUCCUGGUGGAUGACAUGA